GACUGUUUCUGCACAUUUCAGUCUCCAGUUCAAGCAUAUUGCAUUGCCGGAUUAAUCUUUUACACUUUCACAACAAGGCAGAAUGUCGUUCGGCGGUCAAACACCGACGAUUGUCGUACUGAGGGAGGGCACCGACCAGUCUCAAGGCCGAGGACAAGUCAUAUCCAACAUCAACGCCUGUCUCGCCGUACAAUCGACUAUCAAGGGUACGCUAGGACCAUAUGGCGGGGAUCUGCUCAUGGUGGAUGAGAAUGGAAGGCAGACGAUCACAAACGAUGGCGCGACUGUCAUGAAGCUUCUCGAUAUCGUCCACCCCGCCGCCCGCAUCCUCACCGACAUCGCACGAUCGCAAGACGCCGAAGUAGGCGAUGGAACCACAUCCGUUGUCGUCCUGGCAGGAGAGAUAUUAAAGGAGAUCAAGGACUUUGUGGAGCAGGGAGUCAGCAGCCAGACCAUCAUCAAGGGCCUGCGAAGAGCUUCGAACCUCGCCGUGAACAAGAUCAUGGAGAUCGCCGUCGACACAGCAGAGGGCAACCAGCGGGAUACACUCCUGAAACUCGCCGCGACCGCCAUGAGCAGCAAGCUGAUACACCGGAACGCCGACUUCUUCACAAAGAUGGUCGUCGAUGCCGUGCUUUCGCUGGACCAGGACGAGCUGAACGAGAGGCUCAUUGGUAUCAAGAAAAUUACAGGUGGAGCUCUCCAGGACUCGCUGUUUGUCAACGGUGUCGCAUUCAAGAAGACGUUCGCGUACGCCGGAUUCGAGCAACAACCCAAGUCCUUUACAAAGCCAAAGAUUGUGUGCCUGAACGUUGAACUCGAGUUGAAGAGUGAGAAGGAUAACGCAGAAGUGCGGGUGGAGCAGGUCUCGGAGUACCAAGCAAUCGUGGACGCGGAAUGGCAGAUCAUCUACAACAAGAUGGAGGCGCUACACAAGACGGGCGCGAAGGUCGUGCUUAGCAAGCUUCCCAUUGGUGAUCUUGCGACGCAGUACUUCGCCGACCGCGAUAUCUUCUGUGCUGGACGAGUAGCAUCAGACGAUCUCGACCGCGUUUGCAGGGCCACAGGCGCCAGCGUUCAGUCCACCUGCACUGACAUCCAGGCCAAGCACCUCGGAACCUGCGAAACAUUCGACGAGCGACAAAUCGGUGGCGAGCGCUUCAACUUCUUUGAAGGCUGCCCAGAGGCCAGGACUUGCACUCUGGUGCUUCGUGGAGGCGCAGAGCAAUUCAUUGCUGAAGUGGAGCGAAGUCUGCACGACGCCAUCAUGAUCGUCAAGCGUGCCAUUAAGAACCGAAGCAUCGUUGCCGGAGGUGGUGCUUGCGAGAUGGAGAUCUCAUCGUACCUUCACAACUACGCCGACACCAAGGUCCCCCAUAAGCAACAGCCCAUCAUCAAGGCAGUCGCAAAAGCACUGGAGGUUAUCCCCCGGCAAUUGUGCGACAACGCUGGUGUUGAUGCGACAGAUAUCCUCACCAGACUGCGCGUGGAGCACAGGAAGGGUAACAUCUGGGCUGGUGUCGACUUUACCACAGACAGCAUCGCAAACAACAUGGAGAAGUUCGUGUGGGAACCCAGUCUGGUCAAGGUCAAUGCUCUCCAAGCAGCGACGGAAGCGGCGUGCCUGAUUCUGAGUGUUGACGAGACGAUAAAGAACCAGGAGUCACAGGCACCACAAGGUCCAGGGCAGCAGUUGCCGCCAGGUGCAGCACAGCGGGCGCUGGGUGGGAGAGGACGUGGCAGGGGUAUGCCCAGGCGGUAGAGGAGCUCUUUACGAGCGCUACGAAAGGAAAUGAGGUGUAUAUCACGAUCAAGACACACUAGCGCCACAUCAAGGCCGGAAUAAGAUGUCUACGAUAAUGAAAAAAACGAUCAUCUAUGAGGUGACAGACCCAAGAUCCAUAAUGAUUUGAC